CCUCCUUUCUCCGUGACAGCGCUCAUUAUUGUCGUGAAAAGAAAAACUCACCGGACCGACUCGGACUACCCUGUGAGGCAUGUUGUGUUAAAGAAACACCUAUGCAGGUGGAUUCUUCACUAAUGAAUGUAGGGGAUGGAGGCACGGUGAGCAGAGAAAUCGGUGCUCCGAAUAAGGCGCCCACGAGCAUGGUGGGAAAUCCUCCCCAAACGCUGCCCCUCGAGUUUCGAGGCGGCGUUACCCUCGCUCAGCAAAACAAGACCGCUCCGACGACAGACUGCAAGACAGCGAGGGCCUGCCCGGACACCAGUAAUUACAACCUCAGCCCGGAGCUCUCUCCACCCCGGCAGCUCAACAAUGAACCAAUGUCAGGCUCGGCCCCCGCCGGCGCUGAGAAGCGGACAGACAAAAGAGCGGUAGAGGCCGCUAAAAUCAAGCACGACGACGACGACGACGGCGGCGGCGGCGGCACGGGGGCCUCGCCCGUUCCUCAGCGGUCGAGCGGCGUAAAAGUCAGCCGGGAGGACUCGGCCAAUCCCUGUCACAGCAAGAAAUCGCAGACGCAAACGCCAUCUGCUCCACCUGGUUUCCAGUGCUCCUUGUUCAAACCAGCCCGGCCAGUUGCCUUCCUGCCUUCCGCCGAUAUCUCCUCCCCCCUUUGUAAUAUCUCUCUCCCACCAGCAUUGGGGCAGAUCGCGCCUCUGAGAGAAGCCACUGCCAGCCAGUUUCCAAAAGACUCUCAAGCUCAAACCUCAGGUGUAGCGGGGACGCCCUUAAUGCGGACCUAUCAGUAUCCCUUCUCCGGGGGCCGGGUUCCGGCUUCUGAGAAAAAAGCCUCGAAACUUAAAGUCAACCAUUCGUCCAGCAAGAAUGGCAAAUCUGUCGCCGAACACAAGUCCUUGGCCUCGCCUGCUAUGGCCCUCCCGCUGCAGCACCCGUCGUUGAACUCGGCGGCGCCCGCCCGCUACACGUUGUCGCCCACGGCAGCCAUUUGUUGCGGCUCUGCACUCGCCACCAUCGCCUCUCAGAGUAGACUUCUGAACCAGGUGGAGAAGAGCCUCAGCUUGGACAAGAUUGCAAUGGGCGCUCUGAAAACAGACGAUCACAGAGUAGCGUGCUCGCUAGAGCAGAGGGACGUACCCCUGGAUUUGUCGGCUAAAUCGAAACGUCCAAAAUGCCUAAAUGACCCCGCGGUUUCAACGAAGGAGCCUCAAAACAGAGACUCCAAUAAAAUGGACUUUAUGAACUCAAAGAGGACUCAUUCCGCGACGUAUAGCGCAACUGGGCAAUAUCCCAUUUUACCCACUACCCACAGAAAUGGAUCCCAUCCAAAGCAAUCCAUCCGGGCUCAGAAUCAUCAGGUCUCCGAACUUAAGCAGGUCUGGAGCAAAGGGCCUUCACAAGAGCCCAUUAAAAAUAGCCCUGGAACAUACGUAGGCGUAGCCAGUCCCAUACUGGCCUCUACGCUUCGCGGAAAAAAUGGAAAAGGGACUUUUGUAGAGGAGUUCCAGAGUUUUGCCAAGCAGGAGUUUAUAUCAAUAAUUGAUCAAGGAGAACAAGUAACCUCGGGAGGAAAGAGGCCCCCUUCGCUGAAGCAUGCUCACAACGUCAAGCAUGCUAAGAACACGAGCACAGCCAUCACCAAGAACUGUCCUGCUAAAGGAGCUCUGAUGACGGCCCUCUCGACCGCCACAAACGCGCAUCUGAAGUCUGGCAAAGCAGCGGGUCCCUACUCGGCGUGGCAACAGUCCCCUCAUCAUCCACACCAAGCAUCUUCAGCUCAGAAAAAGAUCUCGCCGGGUCACCAAACGACCAGGGGAGCAGCGGAACGUUCCAAGUUCCAGAGUCCCUCCAAUCCCGCAGAAGAGUCGAAGGCGAACCCGUCUCCGCUCCCUAACCUCGCAUCCAUCGUGAAGCAGCAAGACUCGGAAACGUCUUCACCGGCAAGCGACGCUCUCGCCGCGGUGUCGAAAAAAGACGGCGGUCUGACUCAUCUCAAAGACACCCCGUCCAAACAGACCUCUCUAUAUGAACCCCCAGCGGGCUGGUCCACGGAAAACUGGCCUGGAGUGUUGUCUCAAGGAGGAAGGAAAAGGUUGGAAAGGUCGAAACCCACCGAGACUUCGGAGAAUGACGCAGAGAUACGCAGUCGUCAGGUAGAACACAAGCACGGUUUCUCUAAACCCUUCGGACAGUCGCAUAGCCUCAGAAGCAACGCAUCGACAAACGGGAACCGGCUGGACAGCAAACUGGCUCAGGUGUUGGAGGGCGAGGUGCUGAAAAAAGACAUCAAAGAGUCAGACCGUCCCCCAGACGAAAACCUGGGGGGCUUGGUCGCAUCUAUCCUGUCACGCCGCUCCCCAGGUCGAGGCGACGAGAAGAAAACAAACGGAACCAAAGAAGAGUCGCCAACCAGUGUAAAACAGAAGAAAGUUAGUCCUAGGAAGCCCACAAAGGAGAGGUCGCCGGUGGAGGCGGCAAAGAAGACGACUGGAGAGAAAGAGAAAGACGUUACACCACCCAAAGUGUCUUCCCAAAAGAAGAAGAAACAAAAAGAGUUGGAGCAACGACUCUCCUUUCGGAGUAAAGAGCAGACAUGGACGGGCGAGGAACCGCGUCACAAAACAGAUGGCGUCAGCGGUCCCGACGGGGAAGAGACUCGUGCCUUCAAGUCCGGCGAGGCCGCCGCUAAAGAGGCCUCCUUCCCGAGGUUGAGGAGAGGACGGCGGCGGGCAGACGAGGCCAGACUGGACCUUUGGGGCUUCGCGACGCCUUCCCCCCCUCCGCCGCCGCCGCCGCCGCCCCCACCUCAGUCGGCCCCCUCCCCAUCGCCCCCGCUGACGCCGGCCCGCCGCCCGAGAGGGAGGCCUCGCUCCAACCGUUCGGCGAAGCGGGACGUCCGCAACGAUGUCAAGGUGGGCGACGCGGCGGGGGACGGCGGCCCGGCGCGUAAAAGACGGCGCCACUGCCGUAACAGGAAGUACCAGAUGGGGGAGUACGUCACCGAGAAGGACAAACGGGAAGAAGGCGAGCACCUCGAUGAGUCGGACAGUGGAAUCGCGGCAGAUUCCCAGACGGCUCAGUGCCCGAGUCCCGCCGCUUCCGGUCCGGAGUCGCCGGCGCCGCUUCGGAGACCCUCCUUCACGCGCUCGGGUUCGGUCCGUUACCAGGCCGGCGACGUGUCGGUGGAGGAGUCCGACAGCAAACCGUCUGGGAAGAGGAAGUUCAAAAGCAAACAUUUGUGCGACAGCGACGAGCAAAAGACAAAGAGCAAGCGCAGCAGCCCGGGCAAACGCAGCGCCGCCGCGGCUCCGGAUCAGGACGCGACCGGGCAGAACAGCGGGCCCCCGCCCCUUGCCAAGAGCUCGCCGCCGCCGAUGUCCGGCAAAACCAGCUCGUCGGGGAAAAACGGCGCCCCGGAGUCCCCCCCCAAACGGCCGAUCCCCCCCGAGGUGCGGCGGCUGAUCGUCAAUAAAAACGCCGGCGAGACGUUGCUGCAACGGGCCGCCCGUUUGGGCUACCAGGAGGUGGUGCAGUACUGCCUCGAAAAGGACAUCCGGGAGGUGAACCGGCGGGACAACGCGGGCUACACGGCCCUGCACGAGGCGUCCUCUCGAGGCUGGACCCAGAUCGUCCAGAUGUUGCUGAAGCACGGCGCCGACGUGAACUGCAGCGCUCAAGACGGAACGCGGCCCCUUCAUGACGCGGUGGCUAGCGACAACCUGCCCAUCGUGUGGCUGCUCCUCAACCACGGCGCCGACCCAACGCUGGCCACCUACUCGGGCCACACGCCGGUCAAACUGGCGCACAGUGACACCAUGAAGUCUUUCCUAACAGAGUAUUUCACCGACCUGGAAGGGCGCGGCGAACUGGAUCCCACCUUGCACUGGGACUUCUACAGCAGCUCCUUGUUUGAGACGGGCGAGGAGCCCUGCUGGGACUACCUGCUGUCCCAGCAGAGCCAGGACUCCGGCGAGGGCGACCGCGGGAACGGCGACAGGGAACGCGACAAAGACACGCUGGUGUUCGAGUUCUCCUCGGAGCCCCUCCUGCCCUGCUACCACCUGCAGGUGUCCGUAACGCAAGGCUUCUGCAACUGGUUCCUGCUGUCGGACGUGCUGAACCGCCUGAAGACGUCGGCGCGCAACUUCCGCGCCCGCCACCCUCACCUGGAGGUGGCCGGCCUGCCCCGCGCCGAGCUGGCCCGGCAGGUCCACGUCAGCCAGGUGGGCUCGCCCCUGGAUUCCGCCGGCAGGGACAAAGACGAGGACGGGGAGGAGGAGGAGGACGAGGACGAGGGGCUGGUGCACUUGGUGCGGUGCGUUCCCGAGCUCCAGAGACUGCUGGGGUCCUCCAUUCACCUCCUGCAAGACGACGGAGAAGAAGAAGAAGAAGAGGAUGAAGAAGAAGAGCAGGAAGAGGGGGAGAAGGAGGAGAGGCCGCGAGGUCGGUAGCCCAGCGCGUGACCAACUUGAGCAUCUCCGUCCCAUCUCUGACGUUCAAGGGUCCUCGCUUGACUUUUGACAAGACCACCGCACAAACAUCGGACCCCCGCCCCGCAGCCCCCCCAAACGCCUUGACUCCACCCUCCUCUUCCUCAACACGCUUUCGGUGGACGGACCUCCAAGACCC